UCUCACUGCUUCAAUGAAAGUGAAAAGAAAAACGUACAUCGAUAGGAUCCCAUUUUGCCGUUAAUUCGAAUCUAUUGAAAUGCCGAAACUUUAGCCUUGUGGUAAAGUUUCGUUUUCCGGACCGAAUGGUAACGUGUUUUAACUGGAAUUUUCCCAAGAUCCGUCAUUUCGCAGACCUGGAGUACUUUAUACUUCCGGCUUGGCUCAAAUGACCUCGCGUUGUGGAAACUUGGAGGGUGUGGUAAUGGUUCGAAUAUCGUCUUCGUCAUUAGAUCACGAUUGAAAUUACGACGCGAGUCUCAAAAUACCCGUCAUGUAGCUCCAAAUCGGGAAGAUCAUCUUUCUAUUCAAUUAAUCCCAAUAGAUUAAACCUGCUCAGUUUUUCUGAUCAUGUAGCUGGCACUGAAAGCACUUGAAUAAAAGAAACACAGUCACUCUGUUUGGCAAUGACAGGCGAAGUUUUGGCAUUCUCUCUUUGCAGAAUCAUUUUUGUCUUCAUUUUCUUUAUAAAAAUAUAAUGCAUUUCUUUUUGAUCUGUAAGUGUUUUUCGAUACUGCCUCCUAAAUGAAAAACUCUAAGCCUGCUAGUAUUUAGAGUCGUCCUAACUAUAGACUAAUGGAACCUAACUAAAAAAGAAAAACGGAGAAUCAGAUAUUAUAGUAAUAUCAAAAAAGAAAUUGUGUGCAGAAAUUCAAAAACUUCAACUAAGAUUUCAAAUGAUUUUUUUCCUAUUUGUAAAAAGCUUUUUUUCACCUUGAACUUGUAAGAUGUGAGACUCGGGUUUUAUUUUCCGAUUACUCAAUUGGGGAGGAUGAAAAUAGUAUUUCUUCUAACCUCUCGCCAUCCGAAAUCUGCAUGCUGGAGGCAGUGAAAAAGACUGAACGCUUGCCUGUGCCCUAUGCGGAGCAAGAGGUCAGAGCUGUUGGACAAAGAACACGCCAACCUGUCAUUACUCGAACUUUGGACUUGAGUCUCUUGGAUGACACCUAUGCAGGAAUUACGAAGACAUUGCUUUCAAAGUCCAACAGUUGGGCUUUUAAUACUUUCAAUCUCGAUGUAUCUACUGGAGGACGUUCGUUGUCAUAUCUGCUGGUUCAUCUUUUCCAGGAGUAUGGCUUUGUUGAACACUUCAAACUGGAUAUUGUUAAAGUCUGGCAUUGUUUCAACUUGAUGGAAGCUGCUUAUCACAGGCAUAAUCCGUAUCACAAUUCGGUUCACGCUGCUGAUGUUACUCAAGCAAUGCAUUGUUUUCUUCAAGAAAAUAAAUUCGCCAGUAAUUUAACACCAUUAGAAGCUAUGUCAUCUGUUAUAGCUGCAGUUGCUCAUGAUCUUGACCACCCUGGAGUUACUCAAGCAUUUCUUGUUGCCACAUCGAAUCAUCUAGUGAAUCUCUAUCAAAAUUCAUCGGUUCUUGAAAACCAUCACUGGCGUACUGCUAUAUCUUGUCUCAGUGAAUCCGGAAUAUUCAAUCAUUUAGAUAGAGAUAUUUGGCAUGACAUUCAGAUGCAAAUAAGAUCACUAAUUUUAGCAACAGAUAUAACAAGGCAAAAAGAGUUCCUUGCUAGAUUUAAAAGCUACUUAAGUUCCGAAUCCUUGGAUAUGGAAGAUUCACAAUAUCGGCAUUUUGCUCUGCAGAUUGCCCUGAAGUGUGCAGAUUUGUGUAAUCCUUGCCGUCCAUGGGCAAUAAGUCAGAGAUGGAGUUAUCAAGUUUGCCAAGAGUUUUAUCGCCAAGGGGCUUAUGAGAGGCAACUUAAAUUACCAGUCACACCAACAUUUGAUUGCAGUAGGACCAAAGUUGCAAAAAUCCAAGCUGAUUUUUUUCAGUUUGUCGUCUCCCCACUUUUUGAAACAUGGGACCAUUUCUUAAAGACUCCUUUAUCUAAUGAACUUUUAGAAAAUCUUCAGCAUAAUUUCGCUCAAUGGCAACAGAAAAUAACAGUUCAACAAACAAAUGAAAGUGAAACAGUUGAAACUGGUAUACCUCAAAUUAAAGUAGAUUCUUCAUCUGUAUCUUUCGAAACACAACCGGAUACAGAAAAGGAUGUUGGUAAAAGAACUCAGUUUCUUUCAGCUGAUCCUGAUAUUAUCCUUAAACAACACAGAUCAAAAAGUGACAGUGGACUCACACCAGGAUUACUUUCCCCUAAAAUUCACAUGGAAACCUAUUCAACUGAGGAGCUUCAUCCUAGUACUACGUUAUUAUCACUUUCUAGUAUAACUAAUACUGUUCAAUUACGUCAAGUAUAUGCAGCAACUAAGGUAGAGAGUCACCUUAUAUGUCCUACUGUGUUUCAGCCUUUAUGUACAAAUGUGGCAACAAAGGAGGCGACUAGCGAGACAAAUUGCCCAUCCUCUUCAGAAACUUGUGAUGCACAAGUUUGCUCAAACAACGGGAAUGAUCAAAAUGAUAAUAAUGAUAGUGCUCAAUGUUCUGUGGAUGUUUCAUGCCCCAAUAAUGGUUGUGGUACUCCGACUACACCUGAAAAAUCUCCUACCUUACAUAUACAUAGAACAAAACAAAGGUCGCAGUCUCUAAUUAAUGAUUCUGAUGAGUUGAAACAUUAUUCCCUGGUAUUGCAGAAUCGGAGAGCUUCAGACUUUGAUUUUUACUUAUAUAAUAAUGUGUACACCGCACCAAAUUCUAUUUCAUCCAUUUCAAAUAAAGAAUCACUGCAUGAAUUGCAACAAAGUUUGGAGACGCAUUUGCCAUCUUUAUCAAAUGAUAGUAACACCACAACUAAAUCAGUUUCCAUAAAAAAUGAAAGAACAAGCUUGUUUACUUCGUCUAAUUUGUGUUCAAAUAAACAGUGUUCAAGAACUACAUGUAUUUGUAAAACAGAUUCAGAUAAAAAAAUUCCAUCUUGGUGUUGGCAUAUCAGCCGCAGCUUCUCUGCAGAAAGGCCUGUCAGACCAACACAUGAUUUUGAUUCUCCUUUACCUCCAGGGCACAGUUCUUCUAGUCUGAAUUAUAAUGCGCACAGUCGCAGAAGAGGUUCUGCUCCUGUAACAUAUUCUCUCAAUUCUGAAGUUGGUGUUAGCCAUGUUUCUAGUUUUGGUGAUAUUGAUUCCAAAGGGGAUCAUGUAGAUGGAUCUGAAAUUAACUAUGCAGCUGGCCGAAGAUGGUCGAUUCCUAUGGAAAUACCAGAUUUGAGGGUACCAGUUUCUCCAUCAAACCUUCCUGAAAACAACCGUUCUACCGUGUUUAGCACAAGAAGAAACAGCUUCGGUUUGUUAGAACCCCUUCUUGCUGUAUCUGCUUUAGAAAAGGAAAAUACUUUAAAACAGAAUCGUUCAUCUGUGCGUAAGCCCAUUCAUCAUAGUUGUCAUAUAUUUUCCAGUCAUGAACAAAAAGAUAAAUUCAAAUUUAGAGACAAGACUGUUGCAUCCUCUUACUCUUUUUUACCUUUUGCAUCACCACCACAAACAGUACAAAGAAGAGGUUCAUUACCAACUGAUCUCUACAACAGUGGAGAAAAGAAAUCUGUAAAAAAGGAAAUUUCUAAAAGUAGUAAACAAUCCAGUUUUCUGUUGGAACAUGCUCGCAGGCAUGGCUCACCUACUGAUCUCUUAAGUGUACUUAUUGGACCGUCUGGCAUGCUCAAUACAAUGCACGAUAUCGUCAGCGGUCAGACAAUCUCUGAGCAACCAUGUGCUGUAGCUCAUAAAAGCUCAAGAAGGAGAUCUGGUGGUUUAGAAAUGUUGAGUGGUCUGUGGAGACCACGAACUAAUGAUAUAGCUAUGAGUGUAGGUAUGGCAAGUAAAUUAAAUUUACGUAGGCAGCUGUUAGAAGCUUGGGCCUCUUGGAGAAUGGAGGAAAGUAAAAUUAAUUCCACUAUAGGCGCAACUUCAUCUAUAUCUGCUCUUGGCCCACAAUUUGUAUACCAACAAAGAAGGGGCUCAGUGCCACUCAAUGUAUCUUUAUUAUCAGUAAAUUCAGAAAACACUCUCAGUGAUGAGCAGAUUAGCUGAAUCCUACGAUUUGGAAGAAUUUGUUGUUAGUAUAGAUUUUCUGCAUGCAAAGGAAACAGGGAAAAAGCAUUAAAUGUAUCAUUUUCCAUAUCAACCACUAUAUGUAACUUUAAGGUUCGAUGAAAUAAUGAUCUGAUAAGCUGUCUUCAUGUAGAAACAUUUUUGAUGUUUUCUGUGAUUUGUGAAAAACAUUUUUGGAAACAUCUGUUUAGCUACAGUUAUCAGCAUUAUAGUCCUGAAUGGUUAAAUAGCCCUGAAUAUAUAGAUGAUAGGUUCUGUGUGUAAUUUGACCUGGAAUGAUAUUGUUCGUCUCUAUGUGGAAAGAUGUCCUCCUUAAUCUUCAUUGUGCUGAACAAUUAUUCCUCAGUAAAUUGUUAUUUGUUGUAAUGGAACAAAUACUUCUUACCAGUUGAAUUUUCAUUAAUUUAUUUAGUAUUUUAUUCAUAAUUAAGGUAAUUUCAGAUACAAUAUCAAAUCUUUGUACAAUAAAGGAUGUUUUUAAUUUAU